AUGCUGCGAUGUGGUACCGAAGACUACACAUUGGCCAAAAGGCCAAAAGGACUAACAAACCUAAUAAUCAUUUCUACGACAAAUCCUCAUUACAAAGAACGAUGUUCACUUAUUUGCCCCGCAUCACAGCAAAGUAUAGAAGUAUCCGGAGAACUCAAAACCAUUGAAGAUACUUUUGGGAAAGCUUGGGAUCAUUCUUCAAUCUGGUCAAAACCUGCUUCUUCAGUUCCAGUGCUCGAUAUUAUCGCAGAAUUACCGCAAUGGUUAAUGGGGCAGGUAAAUUCAUUUAUCAAGUCUAUAUUCCUAAAUCCUUGGGUUAUCAUUUUAUUGGUAACAGCCCUUGGUUUUUUCUACAUUUUCUUUCUACGAACUACAACCACCAUCAUUACUCCAAUGACUGCGUAUCGAAGACGGACAAACAAGAUUUCUACAAAAACUGUUUAAGCGACUUAUUGUAGUUUGUUUAUCCUUUAUUUUAUUCUAUAUUUGUAUUUUAUUUUGUACAGUAUGAAGAGUUCAAAGCUAAAUUUUAAUGACUCCUUUUCCCACCAAUAAAAAUGUUAAUCAGAAGACCUUUCAAAUAACCAAUAAAAGACGACAAAUUCGACACUUCAACACUUAAUUAUCUUCAAAAUUAAAAAGAUAUGUAAAACUGAACGCCAAAAUCCAGGACAUAUUGCAUUCUUAUGAUAAUAAAGAAGAUACUCCGCCCCAAAUCUAUCCAAAAAGCAUACUACAAAUACUUCGGCAUCGAUCAAGCCUCACCAGCCAACUAUCACCAACCCCACCAUCAGCAUGUCAGCCGUCGCCGGAAACCACCAAGUCAAUGGAAAGCCCGAAGAUAUCCAGAAAAAGUGCCUCUUCUGCUCCAGCCGUCAACAUCACUCAUGGGAGUGUUUCCGGUACGAAACCCCAUAUCAGAAGUUUAGCAGGGUCCAGAUUCUCGGACUCUGCUUCAGACCACAUUUGGCAAGAGAUUGCCCAAAACCACACCAAAUGUCAGAGAUGCCCGACCCGGGCCCACCAUAUCCUCCUCUGUCCGCGUCUAACGGAGGAUGAGCAGGCCAGUCUACGAGAAACCUUCAACAGACUUCUCCAAGAACGCUACCAUUAA